GGUUGUAUGAGAAAUGAAGCCAACGGGUACAGACCCAAGGAUUUUAUUGUUAGCUGCUGAAGUUGCAAAAAGUCCUGAGCAAAAUGUUCCUGUAAUAUUGUUGAAGUUAAAAGAAAUAAUAAGUAACACCCCUCUAGGAAGCUCAGAAUUGAAGAAAAUCAAACAAGACAUAUAUUGUUACGACCUCAUUCAAUAUUGCCUCUUGAUCCUCAGUCAAGACUGCUCUCGAAUCCAGGGUGGUUGGACCACAGUUUCACAGCUUACCCAGAUAUUAAGCCAUUGCUGUGUGGGCUUGGAACCAGGAGAAGAUGCAGAGGAAUUUUAUAAGGAAAUACUUCCAUCAGCUACAGAAACUUUUCUCAUUUUGGGAAGACGAUUGCAAACAUGUUUUAUCAAUGCAGCUAAAGGUGAAGAAAAAGAUGAAUUACUGCACAAUUUCCAGAUUUUGACUGAUUCUCUUUUCUGGCUUGUGGGAGGCCAUGUUCAACUUAUACAGCAUGUACUACAAAGUGAUCAUUUCUUACAUUUACUGCAAACUGACAAUGUUCAAAUUGGAGCUACACUUAUGACUCUGCUACAGAAUAUGCUACUGAUCAACAGUGGUGAUUUACUCAAAAUAGAAGGAAAAAUCCUGCAUUCAAUUUUGGAUGAAGUUGUCUUCAAGCUAUUAUCAACCUCUAGUCCAGUCAUAAGAAGCACAGCUACAAAACUCCUACUGUUGAUGGUUGAAUCUCAUCAGGAAAUCUUGGUUUUACUGAGACUAAGCGCCAGCUAUAAAGGACUCAGAAGCUUACUUCACAAACAGGAAACUGGGACAGAGUUUGGUCAACAACUUAGUAAGCUUGUUGAUCUUUUAAGCCCGAAGAUCUGUAAGAAUGUGGAAGAACAGAAACUACAUCAAGCAGCGUGCUUGAUUCAAGCUUAUUGGAAGGGUUACCAAACUAGAAAGAGAUUGAAGAAGCUUCCAUCUGCUGUGAUUGCUUUGCAGAGGAGUUUCAGAUCUAAAAGAACAAGGAUAAUGCUACAACUCCAUAGGCAGAAGGAGGAAGAGGCUCUCAAAUUACAGCUGCAGCUCCAGCGACAGAGAGCCAUGAGACUUUCCCGAGAAUCACGGCUGAGUGUGCUUGAAAUAAUUCAUCCAGGUGAGGUGCAGAAAUACAAUCGGGAAAUGGAAGAAAAAGCAGCACUGAUUAUCCAGAAACAUUGGAGAGGGUUCAGGGAAAGGAAGAAAUUUUGCCAACAGAGGCCAUUUCUCACGGAGUAUAAAGCAGCCAUCAUACUUCAAAGAGCAGCUCUUAAAUUCCUUGCAAAGUGCCGUAAGAAAAAGAAAUUACUUUCUCCUUGGCAAGGACUCCAAGAACUCACUGAUGCACGCAGAGUUGAGCUGAAACAACAAGUGGAUGACUAUGUCAGAAGACAUCCGGUCGUUCAGAUGUCCGAUGAGGCCAGCAGGGAGCUCCAUGCAGAAGCUCAAGAACAACUACGACACUACUUUAUGGGCAGGGCUGUGGAAGAGAAAGCUCAGCGGCACAGAGAGGCUCUGAUGGCGCAGAUCAACACCAACAUUGAACAGCUGAUGAAAGCGCCAAGUCUGAACGAAGCAGAAGAGAAAGAACCUGAGCUCUUCCUGAGUAGAUCCAGACCUGUGGCAGCCAAGGCCAAGCAGGCCCAUCUUGCCACCUUAAAGUACAUGCAAGCACCCUGGUGGAAGAAGCUUGGAGAAGAACCAGGGGAUGAAACUGAUAUUCCAAAGGAUGAGUUUAGUGUAGAGUUAGGAACUUUAUUCAUUGGUGGAACCAAACCCCCUUAGAAGUUACCUUGAAAACUGAUAUAUAGCUCUUGUUUCAGUUAUAUUGGUUCUACCUCUAGUGUACCAGUCAAGGCUAGACCAACUCAUGUUUUCCCAAAGGUUCCUCUCCAAACAAGACAAGACUUACAGGCAGUAAACCAAGUUAUUUUCUACCUCUCAAUUCUUUGUUUUUUCUACAUACCUGUCCCUUUCCUUGGCCAUAUGCACAAAUCUGUGUGGCUUUCAUUGUAGAAAAAAAAAAACCCUCAACAUGUUAUUUUGUUGUUAACAUAAAAUGUGAGAUUCCCUCCACCCCCAUUUCUGCUGUUUUCCAGCUGAAGUUUUUUUUCUAAAUAAAUAUUUUCAACAAUUGUUGAAACAAUUAUUUUAAGGCAC